ACAUUUUCUGCUGCUGUAAAGACAUGGAUAUACGCAAGUUUUCUUCCUACAGCAGAACAGAGGUGUCUGAAGGACAGUAUAAGGGUGCUGAUCCUAGAGAGACUGAAGAAGGCGGCAGACAAAUGUUUGACAGCCCGUGGCAACCAUCAGCCUGUGGAGACAAGACUGCAAGGCUGGAGGCAUUAUGUCAUGAUCUGACAGAAAGGCUCACACAGGUGGAAAAAGAAAUAAGUAAGAAAAGAGUUUGGUCUAACUCUGUUGAUACUCGACUACAAUUUCUGGAGAGCUGCCACAGGCAGCACGCUGCAUCUGAUCAUUACAAGACACAGGAGACCAGUAACCCUGAUCCUCCUUACCAGGAGAGACACAGGAGCUGUCAGGAAGCAUUUCCUGGAGAGGUCACCCAAAAAGAGCUUCAGGAGAAAGAAGACUAUAAGAAGCUGAAAGAGAAGAUCAGAGAGCUAGAGGCAAGAAACAAAGAGCUCUUGUCAAAAGCAAUGGGCAUGCACAAGAACUCUGAGAACAUGAAUGACCCUUCGCGUUUGUCUGCUGUGCUGCAGAUGUAUGAGAUGCUCAGGCUACAUGACUGGGAAAAAUUCAGGAGCUCCACAGCCUCCUAUUUGACAUAUAAAAAUGGCAGCAGUGUAAUUAAGAAGCUGUUUGAUGCCUCUGAGAAGGAUAUACAGCAGAGAAUAACUAACGUAUUUGAAGUUCUUGACAUUCCACCUUCAAAUGAUGCUAUGACCAACAGCAAACAGAGGAUGAUACAAGAGAUAAGGAAUCUCUUCAGAUAUUCCUAUUACCAAAACCACUCAGAGUUUUACAGCAAAAUUGUCAUGCAAGCUGGCGUUGACCUGAAAACUGCCAUUCAAAGACAGUUCACACUGCAGUGCUGCAAAACUUACUGUUUGCUGCUUCUUCAGGACCCACCAGUUAAAGCUGAGUGGAACCUACAGGAAAGCUCGAUUGAAUAUUUGGAGCACGUGGACAAGAAAGGCUGGGAGCACUGGAGAAAACCAGCAUUUUUGUGGCCCAUAAUGAAAUGUGGGGAUGAAGUCAUUGUGAAAGGUGUAGUCUGGGAUGAAAAGUAG